AUGACAGUCAAGGAGGAAGCUCGAGUUUUGGCCAGCACCAUGCUGGCUGACCCCUCUCUGCUUGAAAAAAUCGAUAAAUUAUUCGCUUGCAAUGUGGGAGAAUACAUUGACUUACCGCAACUGGUCGUUGUUGGUGACCAAUCCAGCGGAAAAAGCUCCGUCUUGGAAGGCCUCACAAAAUUGAAAUUUCCUCGGAACGCUGGCUUGUGUACUCGGUUUGCGACGCAGAUCAUAUUUCGGAGAGAUCCUAGCUUGAAAAUGCGGAAACUUACCGGGUCCAUCAUCUCAACAACUCGCGAAGAUGGAAAGGAGAAUGCUAGUUGGACUAUAUCCGACAUUGAGACACUGAAUGAGACAGAGUUCGAAAACAUGAUGACUGAGGUUCACCUAGCGAUGGGCCUAUCCACGGCUAUGGAAGAUAAUCUGCCCACAUUUUCCUCGGAUGUUCUUCGGUUGGAAAUUCAUGGUCCUCACGAAAAUCAUCUCAGUGUGAUUGAUGUUCCGGGAAUUUUCAAAACUACGACACCUGGUUUGACUUCAAAAUCAGACAUCACCCUCGUGAGGGACAUGGUACUCAACUACAUGCGAAAUCCGCGGUCAAUUAUGCUUGUCGUUGUACCAGCGAAUGUCGACAUCGCUACCCAGGAGAUCAUUGAAAUAUCUAGAGAAUUAGACCCGGAUGGAAUAAGAACCUUGCGGAUCCUGACAAAACCAGACCUGGUCGACAAAGGAGCAGAGGAUAAGAUCAUUGAACUCGUGGAAGGGAAGCAAGAGUCUCAAGAACUAGGCUGGGUGGUUGUUAGAAACCUUGGUCAGAAGGACCUUCAAGACCCAUCCAAAAAUCGUGAUAUUGAGGAAGAGGUGUUUCGCAGUUCACCUCCUUGGAAUCGUCUUUCAAGCGAUAACUACGGUAUUGAAGCCCUGAGAGUUCGAUUGCAAGCGCUUUUGGCUUCGAAUGUGCGGCGGGAAUUUCCAUCAGUCCGUUCCGAGGUGUCGAAACGCCUGAAGGAAUGUAAACGGGCACUUGAAAGCCUCGGAGAGGAGCGUGGGACCCCCGAACAGCAAAGCAAGUUUCUGCUCGAAAUUGUGUCAAGAUUUCAGCGUUUCACUGAGAAUGCUCUUCAUACAAAUUAUGGAUCACAAGAUGCCUUCGACGAAGAGCCUGAUUUACGGUUGGCUACUUUGGUCGCUAAUCGCAAUGCUCAGUUCUCUGACGACUUUUCGACUUACGGCCAUGCCUACAGCUUUAAGUCGCAUGAGCACGAUGACGACUCAGAGGUCAAAUCAACCGCCCCAAAAACUUCCCCGUCAAGCUCCGUGGGCGGCAUAUUCGGCGACGUGGAUGACAAUAGGGAAGUAGAAGAACAGGAGCGGAAGUUUGUUCCUAGCAGGAAGCUGAGUGUUUGCAGCGAUAUCCAGGACAUUCUUUAUGACUGUGUCCAAAUCCAAGAUUCCGUGGCACACGGCAUUCUCCAUUGGAUUGAAAAUCUUUACCGGGAAUCUCGUGGGUUUGAAAUAGGAACGUUCAAUUCGGCCAUACUUUCAAGCGUGCUGAAGAAACAAUCCACGAAAUGGCCAUCUCUAGCCGAGGGCUACAUUUGUGAUAUUGUAUCUAUAGUUCACAUUUUCACAACUAAGGCCUUGAACAUAUCCUGUGGGGAUCAGAGGCUAGGUCAAAAUAUCCUCUCAUUUUUGAUGGACGACCUGAUCGAGAAAUAUCGACAAGCCCUUUCGAUGACAGAUUUCCUACUUCGAAUCGAAAGGGAUGGAACGCCGAUGACUUUGAAUCACUACUUGAAUAGCAAUUUGCAAAAAUGUCGCCAGGAACGGAUCUCGUCUGAAGUUAAGGAGUUAUCGUUCACCGUCAACUACGAUGACUGUUCGAAGGGAGAAUGUGUGCGAGUUUCUGAUCUCACUCGAACUCACCACAUGAGUAAUUUACAACAGACCAUACAAGAUAUCCACGAUAUCUUGAAAUCAUACUACAAAGUCGCCCGAAAACGGUUUGUUGACAAUAUGUGUAUGCAAGCGGCAGAUUACUACUUGGUCACUGGGCCUGCGGCACCCAUGAAAUUGUUCUCUCCUUCGUGGGUUUACAACCUCUCACACGAACAACUGGACCAAAUCGCUGGCGAGGAAGCAGCUGUGCGAAGGAAGCGUCGCCAGUUGCAGAAACAGGUGAAAGAGCUCGAGACUGGAAGAAAAAUCCUCCUCUAG